AUGCGCACCGCCGUGGCGGACCCCAGCAAGACCGAGGUGUUUAUGGACAUGAACACGAUGAGCGCGGACGGCACCUCGGCGCUGCUGACCUCCGCCUGGAGCGACGAUGACCGUUUCUUUGCCUACAGCGUGUGCGACAAGGGCAGCGACUGGCAGCACCUGCACGUGCGGGACGCGAUCACGCUGACUAACCUGGACGAUCGUGUGGAGUGGGCGAAGUUUACCGACAUCACCUGGUGGGGUCACGUUGGGUUCUUCUACAUGCGCUUUGCCGCCCUGCACGACGGCGUCGAGCAGGGAGCGGAGACAGACUGCGCGGAAAACUCCUUCCUCUGCUUUCACCGCGUCGGCACGCCGCAGACAGACGACGUGGUGGUGAUCCCGGCAGACCCGGCGCACUCGCAGUGGAGCUACCACGCAAAGGUGUCGGACGACGCGAGGUACCUCGUGGUGGAGGUCCACGACGGCUGCGAGCCGCACAACACGGUGUGGGUGGCGCCGCUGCCUGCCGAGGUGGCGGACCUCGCGGCGGCGAAGAUGACGUUCACGAAGCUCGUUGCUGUGAUGCAGCAUCGCUACGAGUUUAUCGGCAACGACGGCGAUGUUUUCUAUUUUACGACCACGAAAGACGCACCGAACCGCCAGAUCAUCUCCGUGGACGUGAGGGAUCCGGGCGAGUCCGUGACGGUGGUGGUGGUGCCGGAGCGCCCUUCCGUUCUCAGCGAGGUCGUCUUGGCCAGAGACACGCUCUUCUUGGUGUACGUGGAGGAUGUGAAGGACACCCUGUACACGCGGGCGCUGCACGCGCUCGAUACCGCCGCCGCAAAGAUCGACCUCCCGAUCGGCUCCCUUCUCUCCCUCAAGGCGAACCGCCACAAGUCGUUCGUCUCCUUCAAGCUCACCUCGUUCUUGAUGCCCGGUCGCGUGUACGUGACGGACGCCGAGAACCCGAGCGAGGCGCUGCGGGUCUUCGCCGAGGAGAUGGUGGAUGGCCUCCACGCGGAGGACUACGUGACAGAGCAGCGCUUCUACACCGUGGCGGACGGCACCCGCAUUCCGAUGUUCCUCACAUACAAGAAGGGCAGCGCCUCUCCGCAGUCGCCCGUGCUGCUAUUCGGCUACGGCGGCUUCCACAACGCGCUAAAGCCCGUCUUCAGCCCGUUUCGCUUGAUGUUUCUGCAGAACAUGAACGGCGUACUCGCCAUUCCCAACAUUCGUGGCGGGGGGGAGUACGGGCAGGCCUGGCACGACGCCGGUCGGCGCGCGAACAAGCACAACUGCUUCAGUGACUUCAUCGCCGCAGCGGCGUUCCUGCAUGACGCCGGCAUCGGCAGCGUGGCGACCACCGCGGCGAUGGGGCGCUCCAACGGCGGGCUGCUGAUGGGCGCCGUGGCGAACCGCGCCCCGGAGCGCUUCGGCUGUGUCGUUUGCCAGGUCGGUGUGCUAGACAUGUUUAAGUUUCACAAGUACACGAUCGGCGCGGCGUGGAUCUCCGACUUCGGCAACCCAGACGUGAAGGACGACUUCGCCGUUGUGCAGGCGUACAGUCCACUGCACAACAUCCGCGCGGGGGUGCAGUACCCGGCGAUCCUGGUGGUGACGGGCGACCACAACGAUCGCGUUGUGCCGCUGCAUUCAUUGAAGUACAUCGCGACGCUCCAGCACAGCAACCCCGACGUGGGAGGCCCGUUUGUGACGCGCAUUGAUGAAGCGGGUGGGCAUGGGCAGGGCAAGCCUAUCAGCAAGCUGAUCCGCGAAGAGGCGGACAUUUACGCGUUCAUCGCGAAAAGCUUGAAGGUGACGUGGGUGGAUGCGUAG